AUGGUGAAGUGGGAUGAUAAACUCGACGUCAAAUUCCUCUGCACCGUCAUGAAGUGCAUCGACGCGCAAAUUACGCGUGAGACUUGGGGCACCAUUGCUCAAAAGAUGGGCCCUGACUUUACUCUCGAGGCCUGCAGACUCCACUACGCCAAAGUGCAAAAAGAAUCUGGAAGCGAGAACACAGCCACUACAGCUCCUUCAGCACUCGAUACUCCUGUUAGUACCCCUGUCAAGCGCCAGCGUAAGCGCAAGCAGCCUCAGGGCGAAGGUGCUAUUCCCGAGACGUCGCCUAAAAAGUCUAAGAAGACAACUAAACAAGAGGAGCAUGGUUUGACGACUGCAGCGGUGAAAAAAGAACCCUCUGCCACCGAGGACUCUGAUGGCACUGACUGA